CUGUCCUUGACAGCAGGUGCUCCCUGGGCUGAACAGCAGCAGCCAUGUCUGUGAGAUACAGCUCAAGCAAGCAGUACUCUUCCUCCCGCAGCGGAGGAGGAGGAGGAGGAGGAGGAGGAGGAGGGGCAUGCUACAGAAUUGCAAGCAGCAAAGGCUCCCUUGGUGGAGGAGUAUGUGGCUCAGGAGGGUUCAGUAGUAGCUCUUUCAGCCGGGGAAGCUCUGGUGGAAGCUUCCUUAUAGGCUCAUCAGGUGGCUAUGGAGGAGGAUCAGGAGGAGGAGGUUUUUGUGGCAGUAGCUUUGGUGGAGGCAGCUAUGGGGGAGGCUAUGGAGGCAGCAGCUAUGGGGGAGGCUAUGGAGGCAGCAGCUAUGGAGGAGGCUAUGGAGGAGGUAGCUUCGGAGGGGGCGGCUUCGGAGGGGGAGGCUUCAGCGGAGGCAGCUUUGGAGGGGGCUUUGGUGGUGGUGGUUUUGGAGGAGAUGGUGGCCUCCUCUCCGGAAAUGAAAAAGUUACCAUGCAGAAUCUAAAUGACCGCCUGGCCUCCUACCUGGACAAAGUUCGGGCUCUGGAAGAUUCAAAUCAUGAGCUAGAAAAUAAAAUCAAGGACUGGUAUGACAAGCACAGCAGAACAGGCCAGGGAGAGCCUCAUGACUACAGCAAAUACUAUCAAACCAUCGAUGAUCUUAAAAAUCAGGUAAGGGGAAUUUUAAAAAUCAACUUUAAGCCUGUUUUUUAUCCAUUGAAUUCAGAUAGAUGAAUCUGGAAAUGACCAUGAUGUAGUUGUUCACUGUGUUUGCCUAUGUUACCUUCUUGCUUCCAAAAACAAUCCAGUCUCAUAAAAGGUAAAUAUCUGUGAGAGUAUGGUUACUGCAAUCUUAAUGCAACAUGUGUGCUGUGUGUCUUACAGGAUGUCGGAUUACUGAGAUUUUUUUAGGUUUGACUGAGUGUAUCAUGAGUCCAUGGUUAAAAUACUCUAGAUCAUUUUACAAAUACAGGAACUGAAAGAACUAUUAUUCAGAUUGACAACAAAGAAAAUACUCAUUAGCAACAUUGCAAGAAACAUGAAUUCUCCAGUAUGGAAAUGGGAUACUGCUUGUCUCUAGGAAAUUUAUGAAUUACACCCACUGGGACAGUUCAGAGUAUAUUCAUUUAGAAUAUAUAUUUAUAACAAGUUAAACCAAAUACAGGUAUGAGUCGGUGAAAUACAUGAAAUCACAGUAUAAAAGACGGACACAGGUGCAAGAACCCAUAUCAGGAACA